AUGCAGACUCCAGACGAGUCCUCCGUAACUCAAGAAGCUACAAAACUCCUCUCGACCGAACCAUCUAAAUUAAAAUUAGAUACCGCAUCUUACCAUGAGACUCCUAACCUAGCUCUAAUCCCUAAGCCCAUUAAAACAAAUUCAACUAAAUCUAAAAGUACUAACCCUGCAACUUCUGCAACAACGACGGCUAACGCUAUCGAAGUUAGCAUCAGCAAAAACCUACAGCCCCUCCCAGAAGAUAGUUCCGCUAAAGAACCUACUCCUGAAGUUGACUUGAUUUCAAUUCUCAAAAUUUCCGAGAGAUUAGAACUCAACUUAGGCAUCCCCUUUACCAUUGAUGUUCAGCCAGACACCCGAUACACUUUGCAGUACCUUACGCAAUGCGUAAGUCUACAGUACCCCGAUUUGAAUGUCAAAUCUUACAAUUACGUAAGCACAUUCUCCCUCAUCGGAUACGACAUAGUCUGUAUCCACGCAGCCCUACUCUAUUGCGAUUUAAACAAGCGCAACCAGCGUCCAUUUCACUCAAGGAUCUAUACCACUAAUAUGAACCGAAAAGAAUUCUACGAUUCUCUUCUCCGUCUCAAUGUUUCCUCACGAGCCCGGCCCCUGAUUAAUAAUCUCACCUCAACGUACGAUGAACAGCUUGCUCAAUUACAGUAUACCCCCGGAUAUGCCGGCUUCAAAUUCCUCACAGACUUUGACCACACCAUCCCCUCCCUGUUGAUGCUCUACGCACACCAGAUCCUCGCGUCCUUCCCCACAAACGCCCAACCCAAUACUGUUUUGACCGAAUUAUUUCAGCAAAUCCUCACAACCAAAGAUGGAUGUUCAUACACCAUCUCUAACCUGCUUGGUGGCCCCUAUGUUUCAGACAAUGACACAAGAAUCCAUGAAAAUUGGCUCUUAACUACAUUUGAAAGAAUAUUUAACCCAGUGAUCAAUCGUUCCCUAGCCUUAAGACCUAGUCUUGCUAAGCUUCACUCAUAUUUCCUUCACUUCGUAUAACGAUGUCAACCCCUACGACUACACCCUUGGCUACUGCCUUGAGAAUAAAACUAUUCUCAUGAAAAUGCUGAAAAACAUCUCUGACUUU